AAAGUUCAGUAUAAUUCACUGCCGUUCAGUGCAUGUGGUAGUCGUGUUGAUUUACAACUGCGUAGGAAAUGUGCCAUUUAGCCAAAACUCACUGUUGACGAGGCGUGUUCCCUGGGUUACAGUCGCAUAAUCUGUAGAGGUAUAUAUUACAAUGACAUCUACCUCCGCAACUGUCAUUUUCCUACCGUGUGUGAUGCUAGUCUGUCUGAGCAUCACUGGAGGAAGCCAUCAUAUCAAGACCGAAUAUUUCGACCAGAUUAUAGAUCAUUUUAACUUUGCAAGUCACGGCAACCGGACGUUCAGACAGCGCUACAUGCUGGCAGAUGACAACUGGUCUAUCGGCACGGGCCCCAUAUUCCUGUACACCGGCAACGAGGCUCCUGUGACGAUCUUCGUUGAUAAUACAGGCUUCCUCUUCGAUAUCGCGCCCGAGUUCAAGGCUGUGGUCGUAUUCGCCGAGCAUCGUUUCUACGGGGAGAGUUUGCCUUUUGGAAGCAUGUCCUUUAACAGGGAGAAUCUGGGGUUAUUGACCGUGGAGCAGGCCCUGGCAGAUUAUGCUAGCCUUAUCCUUCACCUCAAAGAGGAACUACACUGUCAUGACUGCAAAGUAAUAGCCUUCGGUGGAAGUUAUGGCGGCAUGCUGAGUGCGUACAUGCGCCUCAAGUAUCCCAAUAUAGUGGAUGGAGCUGUCGCAUCUAGUGCUCCUAUCUAUUCGAGCGCCGGGCUGGGUUCGGAGACGUUCUUCUUUGAUGACGUUACCAAGGCUUUUGGCAGCGUGCCCUCGGCACCUGACUGUGUGGGAACGGUUCGGAGGGGAUUUACCAGGAUGGAGGAGCUGGCUGGGCAGGGUAAGGUUGGUCUAUCUGAGAUAUCAGCCACCUUUAAGCUCUGCAAGCCUUUGAUAAACAAGGACCGACUGCCCCAUCUUCAAGGCUGGAUUCGGGAAGCUUUUGCCAGCAUGGCAAUGGCAAACUAUCCGUACAACACAAGCUUCCUGGGUGAUUUACCACCAUGGCCUGUGAAUGUCUCCUGCCAGGUGAUGGUUGCUUCGAAACAACCUCUUCAAGGUUUGGCAGAAUCGGCGAUUCUCUACUACAACGGCACUCGCGGAUCCCUGGAAUGUAUGGAUAUCGACUCUCAGUAUGUUGAAUGCGCUGAUCCUACUGGUUGCGGAUCGGGGGACACAGCCAAAGCCCGUGACUGGCAAGUGUGCACGGAGGUUACCAUGCCAGCGGGAACCAACGGUGUCACCGACAUGUUCCCCUAUCUGCCAUUCACAUCCAAGAUGAAAGAAGACUACUGUCUCACCAAGUGGAAUAUCGCUCCAAGACCAAACUGGCUCAAUGUCAUCAUGUGGGGUAAAGACAUCAAAACAGCCUCCAAUAUCGUCUUCAGCAAUGGGGCACUGGACCCUUGGCGUGGGGGAGGGGUGCUGGAUAAUCCCAAUCCCGGGGCCUUGGAUACCGUCUUGAUUUAUGAAGGGGCCCACCACUUGGAUCUGAGGGGUGCAAACGCAGCAGAUCCUGUUUAUGUGAUUCGAGCGAGACAGUUACACAGAAGGAAGAUUCGCGAAUGGGUAGAAUAACAUUCAACUCAGAGCACGAGGCUUUGAGUUAAAAAAUCUGGAGCUUGGGAAAAAGGUUUCCCUUGAUGGGCCUUGUGAAUGCUUGCAUAAAAUGCUUUUAGUGGUUCACGGUCAGUCACCAAUAAUCAUUCAUGCAGUCUCAUGCUUUAAUAUCGUUUGGAUCGACACCAGAAUUCCCUCAGUAUAUUUCUCGGGAUAUUAAAUUGAAGACAAUACAGACGUUGCACAAUUGUGCCCCUCCAAGAGUUUGCAAAGCACUGACCAACAUUAUGCGCGAAUUUGUCGAACCCAUCCGCGUUUGGAAGGGGUCGACAGAUUUCGCGCAUUGUAAUUAGCUAACGCGUUGAUACCCUUGCAGGGGCACUGUCAUGAUUCUCCCGUAUUAUGUGAGAGAGACCAAUAUUUCGUUCACUGGCAGGGGAGAAAAUUUGAAGGUUUUGGCUAUUGCCGCAGGAGACGUAUUUAAACAGUUCUUUCUGUACUUGUCAAUUAUUAUCCGCAUAGCCAUUAUGUUAGUCACUACUUCCACCAUGCGGAAAAGACAAGCUCAAGACCACAUGGUAAUACACGCAUAGUCAUGAAUAUGAAUUAUAUUAAGACCACAUGGUAAUACACGCAUAGUCAUGAAUAUGAAUUAUAUUGAGACUACAUGGUAAUACACGCAUAGUCAUGAAUAUGAAUUAUAUUAAGACCACAUGGCAAUACACGCAUAGUCAUGAAUAUGAAUUAUCUUCUGUGUAUAUUUUUAUCAGGAGUACUUUGUCAGUGCUGUAGCAAUUCUUCAUUAAAGUAAGUUGCAGUACAAUUCAUUGACGUCUAUCGUGUACAGAAAUAAUUGCUAAAAGUGAAAUAUUUGACUUGAAAGAAAAUGGCAUAGUAUGAACCAUUUAACUUUGAUUAUCACUUGCAUGUAACUGUUUAUCGUUCAUAUUUUCUUGAUAGGAUCUGAAACCCCUUGAUAUAUGGGAAUUUCAUAUUUAGCUCUCAGUGACUGUACCGAGCGCUGUCUUUAGAAACACAAGUGUAUCCAUCUCGUGAAUACUUUUAUCACAAUUAAUAUUCAUACAUAAACUGUAAUUGCUUUAAUUUAUGUCAUAACUGUUCAAUUUCAGUGUGCAUACAGGUGGAUAAUUACCAAAUCGGAAGCCUGUUAGUGCCAAUUCUAACAAAUUAAAGUAUUAUAUAUUGCCAAAUAACGCAAUAAUGUUGCAAAAUAACACAAUAGGUUUGCAAAUAACGCAAUAGCUUUCCCAACUGAGGAAGUAGUUUACGUUCUUAUUGCGUUAUUUUGCAAUAUUAUUGCGUUAUAUCUCAAUAAAAAUAUUUUGCGGAGUUAGAAUUGGCACUAACGGGCUUCCGUAUAUGACUACACUGUUAGCGAAGUAAAAAAAACUUGCAUAAUGCAAAAGUCUUUGCUUUUUGGUAAAAGUUGCAAGAGACUAAUGCAAAUAUCAACUUAAUUGAUAAACAGCAUGGAGCAAAACGUUUCUAAUAAAUAUGGCGAAAUCAUUUUGUGGUUUUUGAACCGAACAUAUACCUUCAGUAGUUUCCCGUUUAGUGCCUCAUUAUAUUAACGAACGUGUUUGUGUAUGUCUCACUGUUCCAUCACAUAAUUUCUGACACAGGUGAACAUAAUCGGAUGUAUUGGUGCUUUUUCCAUGACACUCUAAGGGCUUUCUUUGAUCUUGAUAUUUGUGCCUAUAAAAUAAAAUGUCCCAGACAUCCGUUAGUUUAAUGUUCGUCAGUGGGCAGCAUCUGUUUCUAAGAACAGAACAGAUAUAAAGCUUUACGUCAACCAAAACGCCCAACUGAGCAGUUAGCAACUUUGACAAAGCACCCAAUCCGACUACCCACUGCUACUUACAAGCGAGGCCUGUACAGCUUGCAAGAACUGUGAUGCUAAUAUUUAUUCGUAAGAUGCAAUACC